AUGUUAUCCUUAGUCAAUACAAAAAUAUCUUCAUUACGGGGAGGUGGUUGUGGAUCUUUUAGAAUGAAUCCAAGAACAUAUGAAAACUUACAGUCAGAUAUUUAAGAUAUAGACAAUUUCAUUACCAAAUUUAGUUCUUUUGUUGAAAUAAUUUGUGCUAAAGCUGACGUUGCAAUCAAUUCAAUAGAAUCUUAAGAAAUAAUGAUAGCCAUAUAAUGGUUUAUUUUUUAAGAGGAAAACAUAUACAAACUCAAUAAGAAUCCCUAAAAUAUCAUGAAAUCAUACAAUCCGAAAAUUAUUGAAAAGUUGUUAGAUCUAUAUUAGAAAAGACUAGUUUAAAUGUUUGUAUAUCUUAUAGAUUACAGUAUCUCUAUCCAAAGUUAUAUUUAGUUUCCAUGUAAUGAAUAGCGAUAGAAUUAUGAAUUUUGAUUUAUAAAAGGAAUUUUUCGACAUUUCUGAUGACUUAAAAUAAUAAAUAGAAAUAGAGAAGAAUGAUUUGAUUUAAGUUUAAAUGGAAGUUUAUCUUUUCUUAACAAAAACCUCUUUUGAGAUAGUUCCAAAUAAUAAUCACGAAAGGGAAGAUAUUAGAAACGGAUUUGCAAGUGGUAUAUUUGGAUCGUUAAUACAAUUAAAACCUAAUGCUGAAUUAAUUGAAUCCUUAUUUAAGGCAGUCCGCCAAAUUCAUAAAAUACAUACAAUUAAAAAAAAUAGAAAAUAAUAUGAAGUGUAUUUUUAAAUAGAAAUGUUAUAAUGGGAAAUUAUAAGUUUUUUUAGACAUGAAAAAUAAGUAAUUCUAAAAGAAAUACUUUUAAAAAUUUAGAGAAUUUAUGAAAAUCUUGUGAAAAGAUCAAACAAUUGGUAAAAUCAUUUUUUGUGGAUUUAAAUGGUUGGGAAAAUCUUAAUAUUUAAUCCUCUUUUAACAAAACAAAGAUUAAAUCAGUUAGGAAACUCUAACGAUAUUGGAGUUAAUUCUAUGUAAAUGUGGAAGGAAUUUCAGAAAAAAAAAAUACUUAUUUAAAUGAAUCAUAUAAUGACUAAGCUGUCAUUAUACUUAGUUAACUUUAAAAGAAUAAACUGAUAUAACUUGAUAGAUAAGUAUUAGAAGAUAGUUUCAAAGGAUGGGAAGAGUUUCUUAUACUUAAACAAUUUUUUAUUGGUGAAUUAAAUGAAGAUACACCAUUUACAUUUAGUUCCUAUUUAAAAUGUAAAUUUGAUUUUUUUAGAAAAGAUUCCUAAAAAAAAGAAAAAAUUUUGACUAUUGAGAAAAUGAAAAUGCUUUUAAGUUUCAUUAUUCCAACUAAAUUAAUUAAUUUAAUCAAAUAAAAUAAUGAAAAUUUGAGGGAGGUGAUUCAAGUUUAGAAAUAAUUUAGGGAAAAUGAAUAAGUUAAUAAAAGACUAUUAUAAAGCACUAUUGAUUCUUAAUUAAAAAAAAUCAUUUGCAACUAAAAUGAAUAUUCGCAAAACACAUAAAAAAUUCUCAAAAUUUUUCAGCUUAAUUAGAAUAACAAAUACUAUUAGACUGAAUAAUUACAAUAGGCAGACAAACUUGAAUUUAAUAUUUUAUUUUAACUUAAAUAUUUAAUGAAACUAUUAGAAGAAAUAUUAUUGUAGGCAAUUUAAGAAAUAAAAAAUUAAAGAAAUCAAUUCUGCAAGCAAGAUAGUAUAAAUGAUGAAAUAAUAAUACUUUAGUAAUAGAAAGAGUUGAUUUAGGAGCAAUUAAAAAAUCUAAAUCUCAAAGAUAAUCAGUUUUCAUUUGUCAAUAAGUUAUAGUAGUAACUUCUUGACUUGCUAAUUGCAACUCUUGACUAAAAGAGCUUUUUGAAAAAAGCUGAAAGAAUUUUAAGACUUAUUGAAGAUUCUAAAAAUUAAAUCUUAAGGCUAGAAAUUAUGUCACUUAAAAAGUGUAAAUAUAAUGAAUGUUUUCAGAGUUUAUUGAAUCAUCAAUAUUUUGAAUAAGAUCACAUGGUUGAAAAAUUCAAAAAGAUGUCAAUGAAUCUAUUUUAAGUUUUAAGGCAAUUUUAAUUUCAUAGUAUGAAUUAGAGUCUGUUUACGAAUUUGGGGAAAUUUAAUAACAAAUUUCGAAUAUGCUAUCAUUUUAUUUUCUAUACAAACUAAGAUUGAAUAAUUUAAAACUUCAAUUACAGCUAAAUGCUUUGAAGGAGUCCUUUUAAAAUAUAGUUCUAGCCUAAUUAGAAGAAUUUUAAUAGUUGUAAAAAGUUAUUGAUUUGAAUGAGUUUCUUGUUAAUGUAAUUAACAAUUAUCCAAAAAAAAAAUAUUUUGCUGUCGUGACAAUUUUUUACAAAGAAAUUAUUGCUGAAUUAACAAGCAUGUAAAUUACUGAGCAAGACUAUUAAAAUAAGUUGUCAAAAUAAAAAGGAAUAUUAGAAUACUUAAUAUUGGUAUUAAGUUUAGAAGAAUAAUUGAUUGAUUUAGAAAAAAUAGAUUUAGAAUUAAUUGAUAAGGAAUUUGGAGAAUUUUUUUAAGGAAGAAUCUUGUUCUUCCUCUUUAACAGAUAGAAUUAUGACAAUAAUAGAAAAUGCUUCAAUUUAAAAUUCAAUAAAAAUUGUAACUAAUAAGCAAUUUAAUAGAUCAGAAUUGAAUUUUGAGAUAGAAAAAUAUUAGCGUAUGUGGAAAUAAUUAAAAUUGUUGAGAAAAAUUACAGUUUUAAUAAUAUAGAAAAUGUCAAAUAAUUAAUCAAUCAUAUUGAAAAGGUUGUUGAGCUAUUAAAAAAUUCUUAAGAUUAAAAUCAAAAAAUAAUAUAGAAUGACCAUCAAUAAAAAUAAAAUAACAAUGAUGAAAUUUUUACUACUGAUAACAAUCUUAAUCAAGAAGAAAAAUUCUUAAAGGAAAAUCAGUUGAAGAGCUUUUUCAUAUUAGAAAAUAGAAAGUAUUGAAAGAAGCAGAAAAUAAAAACGUUAGGUCUAUUUAUGUGCCAAUAAAAACUUUGGGAAUAUUUCAUAAAUUAGAGAAACUGGAAAAGAAAGUCCAAUUAAAUGAUUUAGAGGUAUAUAAAGAAGGACAUUAGGAGGGGCAUGAAGAAGAAGAUUAGGAAGGAAAUUUAGAAGAAUAUAAGGAAGGAUAUAGAGAAGGACAUGAAGAAGAAGAUUAGGAAGGAAAUUUAGAAGAAGAUGAGGAAGGAUGUAUAGAUGAGGAAUUAAAUGAGGAAGGAUAUAAAGAAAUAAAUGAAGGAGACGAGAAAGAAAAGACAAGUAUUUUGAUGAAUUUUUAAAAUUUAUAUGAUAAAAAUGGAGAAAUUAAUGAGUUUUUAUUAGAUGGUAAAGAAACAGUAUUAUUAAUUCAUGGCGUAGCUGGAUAAGGCAAAAGUACUGCAGCUAAGAAAAUAGAAGAACUUAUUUGGAAAUUACAUGAUAAUAAUUAAAAAAUUGGCAAUAAACUGCUAAUACCAACUUAUAUUUCAUUACCUUCUUUAAAAAAUCCUGUGUUUUAAGCAGUAGAGGAAGCAAUUCAUCAAGAUCAUUAUGGUUUUGAUCUGCUAUAAUUGAAAGAAUGUAAAGAGAUGUUAGAAAAGAAAGAUUUCCGAUUUCUCUUGAUAAUGGACAGUUAUGAUGAGAUGAAGUUAGAAAAUAUUUAGAAAAAUUUAUAUAUUAAUAAUAAACUGAAAUAGAAUUGGUCAAACCCACUUGUUAUUUUUACUACAAGAAGUGAAUAAUUGGCCCUAAAAAUUGGUUAGGAUUAUGUUUUUGUUAAAUAAAUCCAAAAGAUUCACAGAAGUAAAUUUUAAAGAUUCAAGUGA